UGGGGAGGUAUAAGAGAGUUGAGUGAGAGGCGAGGAGUAGGAGGAAAGUAGGAGAGAAGUUAAGAGAUCGGACGUAUGGAUCGGGUGAAUGGGGUAUAGUCUUGGAGGGGAAAGAGGAAAGGUGGGCGUAGAUUUGGGAGACAAGGAGGAGAAAGGUAGUUCAUUGCUGUGCCCGGCAGGACCUGUGGGGCCGAGAAAUAAGAUGGGAAGGAUUGACAGAUUUGGAGCUCAUAAGCUGAUCUGACCAGAAGAGGUGGAAGGGAGAGAGGAUUGGGCUCAAACAAGUUUCCUUGUCACUGCUUAGGUGAUGGAGAGCACCCCCUCAAGGGGCGGACUGAACCGAGUCCACCUACAAUGCAGGAACCUGCAGGAAUUCCUAGGGGGCUUGAGCCCUGGCAUAUUGGACCGAUUGUAUGGGCACCCUGCCACCUGUCUGGCUGUGUUUAGGGAGCUCCCCUCUUUGGCUAAGAACUGGGUGAUGCGGAUGCUCUUCCUGGAGCAGCCUUUGCCACAAGCUGCUGUAGCCCUGUGGGUGAAGAAGGAAUUCAGCAAAGCUCAAGAGGAAAGUACAGGGCUGCUGAGUGGCCUCCGUAUCUGGCACACCCAGCUGCUCCCUGGUGGUCUCCAGGGCCUCAUCCUUAACCCCAUCUUCCGCCAGAACCUCCGCAUUGCCCUUCUGGGUGGGGGAAAGGCCUGGUCUGAUGACACAAGUCAACUGGGUCCAGACAAGCACGCCCGGGAUGUUCCCUCACUUGACAAGUACGCCGAGGAGCGAUGGGAGGUGGUCCUACACUUCAUGGUGGGCUCCCCCAGUGCAGCCGUCAGCCAGGACUUGGCUCAGCUUCUCAGCCAGGCUGGGCUCAUGAAGAGCACUGAACCUGGAGAGCCACCCUGCAUUACGUCGGCCGGCUUCCAAUUCCUGUUGCUGGACACCCCUGCCCAGCUCUGGUACUUUAUGUUGCAGUAUUUGCAGACAGCCCAGAGUCGGGGCAUGGACCUGGUGGAGAUUCUCUCCUUCCUCUUCCAGCUCAGCUUCUCUACUUUGGGCAAGGAUUACUCUGUGGAAGGUAUGAGUGAUUCUUUGUUGAAUUUCCUGCAACAUCUGCGUGAGUUUGGGCUUGUUUUCCAGAGGAAGAGGAAAUCUCGGCGGUACUACCCCACACGACUGGCCAUUAAUCUCUCGUCAGGUGUUUCUGGAGCUGGGGGUACUGCCCAUCAGCCAGGCUUCAUUGUUGUGGAAACUAAUUACCGACUGUAUGCUUACACAGAGUCGGAGCUGCAGAUCGCCCUGAUUGCUCUCUUCUCAGAGAUGCUUUAUCGCUUCCCCAACAUGGUCGUGGCGCAGGUGACCCGGGAGAGCGUGCAGCAGGCCAUCGCCAGUGGCAUCACAGCCCAGCAGAUCAUCCAUUUCCUAAGGACAAGGGCCCACCCAGUGAUGCUCAAACAGACACCUGUGCUGCCGCCCACCAUCACGGACCAGAUUCGGCUGUGGGAGCUAGAAAGGGACAGACUCCGGUUCACUGAGGGUGUACUGUAUAAUCAGUUCUUGUCGCAAGUGGACUUUGAGCUGCUGCUGGCCCACGCUCGGGAGCUGGGCGUUCUGGUGUUCGAGAACUCGGCCAAGAGGCUGAUGGUGGUGACCCCGGCCGGGCACAGCGACGUCAAGCGCUUCUGGAAGCGGCAGAAGCACAGCUCCUGAGAGUGCGGGAUCAGACCCGGGCGGGGUGGGGCGGCUGCGUGGAGGCGGACGCAGCCUUAGAACUCAGGUGUUUUUUUAUUUACACGCCGGACUCUUAUUGUUUAAUAAAGUUGUGGAAGUGA